CGCAAUUGCCCGUCGGUUUCCUCUGCUGACUAGCGCUCGCGAUCUGAUCGUUACUCUUCCAGGUACAGCCGCCGCCGCCUCGUCGUCGCCGGCCAUGAUUCAGGCGGUGAUGGUGAUCAGCACCCAGGCCAAGCCCCGCCUCCUCAAGUUCUACAAUUUCCAGCCACCGGAGAAGCAUCAGGACCUCGUCCGCGGUGUCUUCCAAUUACUCUCAGCAAGGCCUGACAGUGUGAGCAAUUUCGUCGAGGUCGAUGCAAUCUUUGGCCCGGGAACAAAAAUGGUGUACAAGCAUUUGGCUACACUGUACUUUGUUUUUGUCUUUGAUAGCUCUGAGAAUGAACUCGCCAUGCUCGAUCUUGUACAAGUUUUUGUUGAAACGUUGGACAGAUGCUUCAAGAAUGUAUGCGAGCUUGACAUUGUAUUUAACUUCAACAAGCUGCACACAAUUUUGGAUGAGAUGAUUCUUGGGGGACAGGUAAUCGAAACAAGUUCUGAGCAAAUAAUGAAGUCUGUGGAAGAGAUUGCAAGGCUGGAGAAACAAUCAAGCACAACCAGCCUCAUACCCAAGUCGAUUUCAGAACGUUUCAGCCGUUAAGCUUUCACUCGCUUCCAGGUCUGAACAUUUACUGUGUGAGCAGAACUGCAAAAGACAUUCGAUUGGCACUCAAGAUUACCUUCAGUUUGCUGCAGUUUUCUAAAGACCUGAUUGUCUGGACAUUUGUACUGUCAUCGAGUCAUUGUAGACGGGCCGAGCUGUAUGCCUGUAGCCUGAAUGGCAUGUUCAGUCUAAUACUAUCUUCUUACACUGAUUGUCUGAAUGUGCUUUCUGAGCUUCAGACAUCAUGCCUGUAGCAAUAUAGAGAGUUAGCUGGUUUCUCACUUGCCUCAUGAUUUCAGCUGUAUGAGCUCAGGUCGAUGUGAAAUUUUUGGACGAGAUGUUGGCCACUCAUAGAUGUAAAUCUGCCUUGUGCUUCAUUUUAUU